UUAAGAUGAAUCCUAGUCAGUCCAAUGACAAAUUCCUUGACUCUCUCUUUGACCUUGACAAGGUAAAGACUAAGAAGAUUAAGAAGAAGAAGAGAGAUAAGAAGUUGAAACAUAUAGAGGAGGAACGAUUAGGUAAGAAGAAAAUAAAGAAGAAAGAAACAAAGGAGCAGAAGGAAGAGAGUGGCAGGAAGAAGGAGGUUGAGCAGAUUUUUGAGCAGGUAGAAGAGGAGUGUAAAGGUGAGAUUGGAGGUUACUUUCAGGUGAUGAGUAUAUGAGAGGGACUGUUGAUGUGUAUAAGAAGUUGAGUAUUAAGAGAGAUUCCAAAGCACCUUCUGCAGUUGGGAGGAUUAAAGCAAUAAUGGAUCCUGCGUUUACACAUUUGUAUAAGAGCAGUGCAUUUCUUCUUGAAAAUUAUGUUGGGCCUUCAAAGGCAUCAGAUGAAGCAGUUCCUUUAAAGAAAAAGAAGUCGUUUAGAGGAAUUCUAAAACCAUCUAAAAGUGAUAUAAAGAGAAGUCAUAUCUUUGAUAUUGACCCUGAGCAAAUUAGCUUCAAUGACAUUAUCCCUAUUCACCUCAUGUGGAAAGAAUACAUCAAAGACCUUCUCGGAGACACCUCCAAAAUUGCAUCUUCUGAAAUCAGCCAGAAGUUCUCUGCUCUGUUCAAAAUAGCCAAGUGAGAUCUGCAUGGAGCAGUCAUCUCGGUCUUCGAAGCCAAGAACAAGGCGCUCAUCGGACUCGAAGGCAUUGUUGUCAAAGAAAGCAGACACACCUUCACCAUCAUUUGUCCAUCUGUAAAUCCAAGCAUCAAUGCAAGUCCGAGUUGCAAAGACCCAAUCGAGAGCGAGCAAGCAGCUCCUGAAACAGCGACUCUGAAGAUCGUUCCGAAGAUGGGACUCACGUUUCUGGUGAAAGUGCCGGGAGGCCCCAAAGUCAAGGUCUUCGGAGACUCCGUCUGAUUCAGAAGCAGCGAGCGAAGCGGCCUCAAGUUCAAACAGAAGUACGGCCUCGACUUCUUUUAGUCGUGGAUUAG